CUUCUGCAAGCCUCUCCAGCCUGCAAGGUGGACCCUGAGCUGACCUUCAGUUUUAUACCUCCUCACUCCAUCUUCUCCCAAGUCCUCUCAUCUUCAUGUCUUUCCAAAUGUCUUCUAAAGCCCCGAGCUGGCGCAGCAGCAGCUCGUCAAGCCAAAUUGGCGCAGGGGAUUUCAGGGUGUCGGGCUCCAGACUCCAGGCAUUGCGUUCAGGUUGGGAUCUGUCAGCAAUGAAAUCGGUUAUGGACUCUUCUCUCCCUUCCCUGCGUUCUGGGAUGGACACUUUCAUUCAGAACAACCAUCAGGAGGCCAUGCAGGGGCUGAAUGAACGUCUUGCCGGCUAUCUCCAGCGUGUCAGGGGUCUGGAGGAGGAAAACCGAAAACUGCAAGAGGAGAUUGAGGACAUAUCUGCCAAGAAGACUCAAGGUCCCAGAGACUGGGAGACUCACCAGGCGCCCCUGCUUCAGCUGAGAAAGCAGGUGGAAGAUCUGAAUAUGGACAAUGCCAAACUCUUGCUGCAAAUCGAUAAUGCCAGGCUGGCAGCAGAUGACUUUAAAGUGAAGCUGGAGGCAGAACAAGUUAUCUGUGAUGGGGUCCACAAGGACACUCAGGGACUGCGCAAGAUGACAGAUGACACCAAUUUCCUGAGGAUGAAACUGGAAUCUGAAGUAGAGACCCUAAGAGAAGAGCUGGCCCAUCUUUAUAAGGAUCACGGGGAGGAAGUGGCCGCCCUGCAGGCUCUCAUAGCCAAUAACAACGUGAAGGUUGAAGUGGACGCUCCCAAAAAGCCGGACUUGAAUGAAAGCAUUGCCCAGAUCCGCAGCCAGUAUGAGAAAAUGGCCGAGCAGAACCGAGCGGAGGCUGAAAAUGCAUACCAAAGCAAGUUUGACGCCCUUUCCCAGGAAGCCAGUGUGAACACAAAGGCUCUGGAGCAAACCAAGAACGAGGUGGCCGACCUCCGGCGCCAGCUGCAGUCUUUGGAGAUGGAACGUCAGACCAUGCAAAAGACGGUGGACUCUUUAGAUCACGUCUUGAAGGACACAGAGGAUCACUACGGAUCCAACUUGGAGGAACUGAACCGUCACCUGACUCGACUCCAGGAUGAACUAGCCGCCUGUCGUUCCGACAUCGAGCGCCAAGUCCGGGAGUACGACACCCUGCUGAACUUAAAGUCCAAGCUGGAGAACGAGAUCCACGCUUACCGCUCCCUGCUGGAAGGAGUGACAGACAAGGACGGCCCAGAGUCUGCGGUUAAAGGGGGUAAGUGAACAUUAGGACCGACCACAAUACAGAAGGUGACAGUCACUAAGCACGAGGUUGUGGAUGGAAAAGUAGUGUCUGCAGCAACUGAGGAAACCAUUAAAUAAGAUGGCGGUGGAAACG